GGAGGUGGGCCCCGGGCGGCGAGCGCUGCCGGGCGGCACCGGCGGCCCCAAGCAGGGACGGCCUCGGGCCCGGGCGGAGGGGGCCUCGCCGUGCAGCUCCGGGCCCUCGGCCUUAAGCUGAGGGAGGUGCCAGGCGAUGGCCAGACUCACCUGCGACUCCUCUCUUGGUAGGAAUUGUUUGUUCCGGGCCCUGGGUGAUCAGCUGGAGGGCCACUCACGGAACCACCUCAGACAUCGCCAGGAGACAGUGGAUUACAUGAUAAAGUGGCGGGAGGAUUUUGAGCCUUUUGUGGAGGAUGAUGUGCCCUUUGACAAACACGUUACCAAUUUGGCCAAGCCCGGUACCUUUGCUGGCAACGAUGCUAUUGUGGCCUUUGCAAGGAACAAUCAGUUGAAUGUGGUUAUUCAUCAGCCUAAUGCGCCGCUCUGGCAGAUUCGGGGCACAGACAAAAACAACGUGAGGGAACUUCAUAUUGCUUACCGUUACAGAGAGCACUACGACAGCGUGAGGAGAAUCAACGAUGAUUCUGAAGCUCCAGCGUAUCUUCAGAUGGAGAUGCUUUGCAAAAAUGAUUCAAAUAAGAGGGAGGAAGCGAAGCUUUGGAAGGGUGAGUUUGAAGCAGAUGAGAUUGAAGGUGAAACAGAAGAUGCUGUACAAAAAGUGUUGAAAGCUACUGGGUGUUCAGACACUGAUUUAGUACGUCACAUCCUGGACGUGGAAGACUACAAUGUAGAAUCUGCAAUAUUUGCCGUCAUUCAAAUGAAUGAAGUGGAAAGAAUAAUAGGUGCUGAGGAGCAGCAUGAUCCCCAGAGUGAAGUUCAGGAAUCGUGUAGCAGAACUUUGUCAGAAGAAAAUAGAUAUGGCUCAAGAAUCUCUGGAAAUCAAAGCUUGCAUCAAGGUGAAAUAGGAAACAACACUGGACAGGCUAGAAACAAUGACAAGAAUCAAGCUGGCAGAAACCCGAAGGUAUCUAAAAAACAGAAGAAGGAACAGCAGCGGCUGGAGAAGAAGAAGCGGCAGGAAGAAAGGCACCGACAAAAGGUCUUGGCCAGUAAGAACGACCGUGCAGACAGCAGCAGGAGAGAGACAGACUCUUCUAGCCACGUCACCUUGGUGAAGACCAUGGAGGCUCUGAACAUCUGACUGAAUGUGUUCUGAGUGCUCUGGGGAGAAAGGCAAAUAAAACUGAUGAAGGCAAAAACCCUUAAGCGUGUUUACAAGCACCUAUUAUUAUCUUAAAAUUGAUUUCUGUGGAGAUCUCCAAGCGCACGCAAACUCUGUGUCUGCGUGUGGUGAACGCUUACUGCAUCAGCCUGUGUGUGAGAAGAGUUGUUUGGACUUAGGAAAAAACUUGUUUUUAUAAUUUCAGAGAUGGAUGAAGGUGAGAACCUUUUCUUCCCACUGCAGUGUCAGAUUUGCUUUGACAACUCUUGAUGAUUAUUAUUUUUAUAUCAACUUUUUACUUGGUUAUGCUUGGAGGAGCUUAAAAACCUUGCUGUCAGGGAAAGCUUAACAGUUCUCAACUCAGGGACUUGGGAGGGUUUUUUUAUUUAAAUAAAGUAAGACAACAGAAUCCCAGAAUCCUUUCUGAAGUGCAGUGUGUCCAUCAACACUGUAUCAAACGUGAGAUUCCUCAUUUUUCAUGUGAGAAUGCAGCGAUAGUUUUAACCAAACUGCCAGUGCCUAUACUGUUGUGCUGGGCUGUUUCAGAAGUGUUUCAUUCAUGAAGGGAGAAUGAGAUUGCAUCCGUGCUUGCUUUGUGCUGAAGUUUGGGAGCAGUUUGUUUUCUGCCUACUAAGACAGUCUGAGAAAAAAGGAAUAAUAAACCCAGUGGACUCUGCAGGGCAGAUUCAUCCAAUCUGUAGGCAGUAUGAGCAGGCAUGAGAUUUCUGUUGAGUGUUGGUACAUCUGGAAUCUCAUCUCCUUUGCCCUAUUCUAGAGCUUUUGGGCUACUCCAGAGCUUUACUUCAAGCCAGGAACCUAAUAGUUGCUAUUCUCCAAAUGAAGUUAGUAUAGCCAGAAGAUCAGGAGCCCUGGGAAAAAGCUUCCAUGUUGCAGUGAUCACAGGGAACUCUGCCUACUUCACUCCUCAUAAAUUAUUUUCAGGGUAGGAUUUUUCUAUCUUAAAUUCCUCUUGAGUAAGGUCACCAAGUACUAUAGAAUGUACGGCUUGAAUCCUGUGGUGCUUUCCACUGUAGAACCGGGAAUUUGAACUGAAGUGUAGGGACCGUGGAACUUGGCCCUUGAUUUAUGGCUUGCAGUGUUUCAGUUUUUUGGAUUUCACUCAGGUUUUUGGACUCGCAUCAAGCACUAAGCUGGAAGAAAGCACAUAUAUGCUUACACAAACAAUAGAUGACAGGAGGCAACUCAUCAGCUUGGGCAGAGACAAAAUGGAUGCCUUGAAAGUAAAGAAUAUUGCUUUUGAAAAAAAUCGUAUGCAUUCCUUGAAAUGUCUAAAUUAGCAAGGAAAUAAAAAUGAUUUUUGGACUGAGCUGCCACAAUCUGAGCUUGCAGGUGAUUUGUGCUGUUCCUGUUCAUCUAGAGUGUUUGAAGAAUGAAAAGAAAGGAGCUCUACUUUGAAUGCUGGGGUGGUAGAAUGGGCGUUAAUGCU